AUGGUGUCCGGAGAAGUCCCUAGUAGCUUUGAUGCUUACAAGAGGAAGAAAUUCUUCAAGGAUGCUAGGCAUUACUAUUGGGAUGAGCCCUACCUGUACAAGAGAGGACCAGACAGCAUUUACAGGAGAUGCAUUGCUGAAGAGGAUGUGCAAGGAGUUCUAGAGCAUUGCCAUGGGUCAGCUUAUGGAGGUCACUUUGCUACAUUCAAAACAGCAACUAAGGUUCUGCAAUCUGGGUUGUGGUGGCCUACCUUGUUUAAGGAUGCAGCAAGCUACAUCGCCAAGUGUGAUCCAUGCCAAAGGAAAGGGAUCACCAAGAGGGAUGAGAUGCCACUAAACCCAAUUCUAGAAGUUGAGAUCUUUGAUGUAUGGGGAAUAGACUUCAUGGGACCUUUCAAACCUUCCUCAAACGGGCACAACUACAUUUUGGUUGCUGUGGACUAUGUGUCCAAAUGGAUUGAAGCCAUCCCCUGCCCAACCUGUGAUGCUAAGGUUGUUAUCAAAUUGUUCAGAACCAUCAUCUUUCCAAGAUAUGGCAUCCCAAGGGUUGUUAUUUCGGAUGGAGGUUCCCAUUUCAUCAACAAGGUGUUUGAAAAGUUGAUGAAGAGUUAUGGAGUCAAGCACAAGGUCGCUACACCUUACACCCUCAAACCAGUGGGCAAGUUGAAGGUCUCCAACAGACAGAUAAAGGCCAUAUUGAGAAGACAGUGA